UUGGGGAAAACAGUUUUUGGAGGAAAUUAAAUCCCGAGUUUUGUGUAAAUUAUUCCGUGUCGCGGUCCAUAGCGCUGCAGCAAAUUGUGCUCCGUCCAGGCCGCUGCAUGUGCUACCUGUCCGUACUUUAAAAUCAACGCUAUGCACGUCGUGGACCUCGCGAUGGACGAGUCGGUCUCUACCCAGCAGCUACCUGCCCCUGCUCCUGCUCCGAAUAGUGGCAAAAAACUGAAACAAAGUCGCCUACCGUUCUUGGUGCUGUCGCCCGGAACGACCUCAUCGAUCGGAUCGUUGCAGUCGGAAUCGGCGACCAGUGGGGAACCCUCAACGGUCGAAACCCGCAAACGGAAACCGUCCUGCGAUGGCAAUCACAGUGGACUUCACCAGGCCAAGGUGGUCCGUACCUCGGACCGACAAAGCAGCGGAGAAGAGUUAAUCGUGGUAGGAAAAUCGGAACCAGAAGUGAUCAUUUUAGAUGAAGCUGUAUCGCCCAUCGCUAUUGCUGAUCCCUCGCCGGGCAACAAGAGUGCUAAACCGGCAGGUACGGAUGCGGAGGAUGGAGGAUCGUCACCCGAUAAAGCAGACACUACCGUCCAACAGAUGGUGAUCAGUUCGAGCGAGGAGGACGUUUAUGCGCUCUGUACCCCGAACAAGGAAGAAGAAACAUCGAUGACGUCAACUAGCGAGAAACCGGCCGCCAAGAAGAUCUCGGCCAAACAGCUUGCCCGAAGCCUCGAGCACGAACGUAAGCUGGCGCUGAAGGAGCAGGAACGGCAAGAAAAGCGUCGUCGAAUGCAGGAGGAAAAGGAGGAGAAGGCACGCGAGAAAGAGGAACUGGAGCGACAGCGUCGCAAGGAGCGUGAGGAACGCGAGGAGCAAAAACGCCGGGAACGUGAGGAACGAGAAGAAGCGAAGCGAAAAGAACGCGAAGAAAAGGAAAAGAAAAGACAGUCAGAGAUCGAGCAAAAGAAUGAAGAGAAACGGCUGAAGGAAGAGGAGCGUCGCCGGAAGGAGGAAGAGCGGGAAGCAGAGGAAAAACGGAAACAGAAGGCACAGGCUCAGGUUUUCAGUCGCUUUUUCGUGAAAAAGACACCGGCCAACGGUUCGACGAAAGCUUCAGAUGAUGAAAACUCGAUCGAUUCGAUCGUCGGCAAAGGAGAACUGGGCAUGGUAUCUGAUCGCUUUAUGCCGUUUUGUGUGAAGGGCGAUAUGCGGAUGGCACCGGUUACGCGGCGAACAUUGACUCAAGCCGAGAAGGACCGCUUGCAGACACUGUUCACCAUUGAAGCGACAAAAGACGAGAUCCCGCCAAGUGAUCUUUAUCUCGGUCAGCUAAAGCGUAACUGCAUUCAACCGCUCAAGAUGGGCCCAACGUGGAUAACGGAGGCGGAAGAGGAUGACGAUGACAUCACGAUUAUUGAUGAAACCACAUAUCAACCGAUCGUGGAAGAUCACGCCACAAUGAAGCAGAAGAUGAAGGCAAAGUUCUUCCUUUUUGAGGAAAAUCGGAGACCACCAUACCGAGGAACGUGGCGUAAGAGGAGUACCAUCGUUCGGUCUCGCCGUCCAUUUUCGAAAGACACAAAAUAUUUCGAUUACGAGGUGGAUUCUGACGAUGAAUGGGAAGAGGAAGAACCGGGCGAAUCGCUGCACGGUAGUGACGACGAAAAGGAUGUCGACGCGGAGGAGGACUACGAGGUGGACAAUGAUUUCUUCGUCCCACAUGGGCACCUGAGCGAUGAAGAGAUGCAGGCAGAGGAUGAAGAUGAAGCUCCGGAUGCCGACAACAGUCCCGAGGCGCAAAAGGCGAAGCUUAAGAUCUUGCAGCAAGAGUUUGCGGCCGAAAUGAAGAAGAAAACGGAAAAGAUCAAACCCCGACUGAUCGGGUGCAUCUGGCAGCAGCACAGGGGAGAGGAUUGCGAAGAUCGAACGGCCGACUGUUCCACGCUAAUUAUGAAGAUCCUCAACGAUCGUGCAAUGUUGUACGAUCCGAGUGAACCGAUCUCGUUCACGCAGGUCUCAACGGCAACGGCUCCUGAAGGUGCGGGCGCAACGAUCGAUCGGGACCUCGAUUCACCGGGAAAGGAGAACAAGAAAGCUCCGAAAAAGGGUCGCAUCUCCGACAGUGCAGUCGGUGAUUUGGCGCGCCUGGUGCACGGCAAUGUUAACAAUCGGAAGUUCCUGGUGCGCGAGUUCCAGGCGUUCUGGGCGAACCGUGGCACCGGCGGUAACGAAGGAUCAGAGGGUACCGGAGAAACGGCGACAUGCGUGCCCGAGUUUAGCAUGGAAAGCAUCCGCAAUAAGAUCAAAGAGAUCGCCACCUGGGGUGCAUGUCCGCUGGAGGGCCCGAUGCAUGGCAAACACUGCUGGACAGUUGAUGAAGCGGUGCUGAAGGACUACAAUCUGACGCAAUUGCAGCUACCGAACGCUUGGGUCUAUCACCUGAAAGGCAGCAAUCCGUCACGCUCCAGCAAACUCCUUGUUCCAACUAAACCGGCCGGUGGUACAGUCGAUGAAGAGAAUUGA